UUCUCUCCGUCGCCAAUUUUGCUUUGCCUUUCUCAUUGUACAAGAAUAUAUUUCUAAUUUGCUUCCCUCUUUUAUUUCUGUUUCUCUCGGAAAGGCUUAUAUUUUCAGUUAUACACAAUAAUGGCGGAAUCAAAGACCAAGUUUGAAUCCAUAAGGGGAUGGGUUGUUGAUCACAAGCUUAGAACUGUUGGUUGUUUGUGGCUUAGCGGAAUUGGGAGUUCCAUUGCUUACAAUUGGUCUCGACCUAACAUGAAAACCAGCGUCAAGAUCAUUCAUGCUAGGUUGCAUGCACAGGCCCUUACAUUGGCUGCAUUAGCUGGUGCUGCGGUAGUUGAAUACUAUGAUCACAGGAACAGGCCAAAAGCCGAUCCAUACGGGAAAUAUCUUCCAUACUCGCAUAAAGAUUAGAUGACUCUUGAUUAAUUUUGCCUCAUUUCUCAUCACAUUCUUUUCAGCUAUUUACCUUAUAUACAUAAAGCAUGCAUGUGAGGCUUG